AUGGUCCAAUACUACCAGAUCGCAGGCCAGAAGGUCGGCUCGCAUUGGCUCUCAAUCGCGACUCUCUCGACAAUGUUCAUCGGUGGCUGGGCCAUGAGCGGCGGCAGCAAGAAGCCCGCACAGCAGGCCCCUCCCAUCAACGCCAGCAGCAAGGACGAGGAGAACUUCAUACAACAAUUCUUGAAGGAAGCAGAGAAAGACGAGAAGAAGCACUAG